CGAUUAUAGCUUCUGCUCUGCUAACUUCGACUUGAGAAACUAGGGUGUUAAAUAAAUAGUAUAUUGAAAUAUAUUUAUAUCAGGCGUGUUUAAGCCAGCUAACGAAGCUGGCCAAUUACAAAAAAAUACAUACCGGCGAUAAGCCGUACACGUGCACCUACUGCCACAUGCAGUUCAGGCAGCAGGGCACGCUCAUCAACCACAUAAGGACGCACACGAAUCUCGUCAGUCAGCCAGCCAGACUGGAGCACACAGCAAUGCCAGCGCAUCUUGGACACGGUGCACAACAGCUGACAAAUGGCUUGCUGCAAAACAACCUGCACAGCACAACGCCCAACUUUCUGCAGCUGGACCAUCAUCCACUGCUGCAUUUCCUUGAAGGCAGCACAACAGUAAGCUCUUUGGUUGCGAGUAAUGCAGCGGCAGCUGCGGCGUCCGCUGCUACGGCGGGCAAUACGGGGACAGCGCCAAUAAAUCCAAAAACUGAACCUAACCAGACCGAACAGACCCCUCGCUUAAACGUGGGCACCAUUAAUAUGUUAAGAAGCGACAAUCCCGAUCGCCCAUUUGGCUGUAGCGUCUGCCGGCGCUUCUUCUCCCAGCAGAGUACCCUGGUAAACCACAUUAAGACGCACACGGGCGAGAAACCAUACAAAUGCAAGAUCUGUGAUGCAAGUUUCCGGCAAGUGGCCACGCUCAACAAUCACAUGAAGAUCCAUACUGGAGAGAAACCGUACAACUGUUCCUACUGCCCCAAACAGUUCCGGCAAAAGAGUACUCUCCAAAAUCAUAUAAGGAUCCACAAAUGCUAGUUUGGAUAUUAGAUAAAAUUCGGAUACAGUUAUAAGUGCGAUACAUACACCAACACAUGCGUAAUACAUUAAAAUACAUUAAAAACAAACAUGAUGUACUGAAAAGUGUUAUUUAUCUGCUAUGCAGAGCGCAAUUAAAUGUGAAAAAAACUGAAAACUAUAGUA